AUGCCGGGAAGAGCUGCGACACCGAUGCUCGAGCAGCAAACAGAAGUAGCACCUGUGGACAAAGGCGAGGAGGCGGCACGGCUGCUAGCCGACAUGACGACGGAUGGCGAAACCCUCUGCUCGACACUGGAAAGGAAGGCCACGAUGGAGAAGCCCCCGUGGAAUGACGAGGGAAAGGAAUCGACCGGCGAGGAGGGUGAUUCGCCGUGCCAUCGGGCAAAAUUUUCGUCGCCGGAGCUAAGAUCGCCGACGGUUUCUCUGCACUCCGCUGCCGGGACUGCAAUGGCGUUUGUCACCACCACCACUGCCGCAUUCUUGGAGGAACCGGAGAAGGAAGAUGGUGGCAGUCUCUUGUUCCCGAACGACAAGCUGUGUUUCCUUUCCUCCCACAAACAGCAGCUCCAGCGAAGUGGAGUGAGCCCAAGUUUAGCAGCUAGUUACACUAUUGGGCCAAGUCCUGGGCCAAAAUGGAUUUUGGCUAAGGGGUUUUGGGAGCCGCAUAGAGUGGGGUCAAGUGUAGCGGGCUGUGAGAAGAGUUUUGAUGGGGUUCCUUUGGCCAAGGGGAGGCAGCGAAGCAGGCCAAGGCUCAAGCAAGAUUUGCAGUCACAUGGGCUAAUUCUUGGAUCAAACAUGAGUUGUUUUUCAUGGGCUCUUUUGUAUGGAUUGGGCUUAAAAGAAAAUGAAGAUGAAUUCAUGGGCAUAGAUGAUGGACUUAAAGAAGAACAAGUCUCUGAUUCUUACUUUGUUGAGUUUGAAAAGGAGGGUGUAGAGUCAUCUGGCCAUGGUUGCGACGAAGCGGGACGCGGCUCGCGCGUCUGGGCGAGCGGGGCGGAAGGCGGCGGCGUGGACGGAAGGGCCGCGGCCGAGGGGCGCGCGACGGCGCGCGGAGAAGAGGACGGCAACGCGGGGGAGCGCUCGGCUGCGGAGGCGGCGUCGACCGACGAGGAGGCGGUGACGACGAAAGACGGCAAGGAGCUUCCUCGUGCGUCGCCGGAGAGGGAGAAGAAGAAUGAGGGCGAGGACGACGGCGGCGGGACCCUUUUGUCGCCGAUGAAGGAGCUGGAGAAGCAGGCGCACAGGCCGGUGGGAGUCGUGGAGACGGCGCGGGCGACAAGCAGAGGGAUGGCUGAUCAGGUGGUUCGCCGCGAGCGAAAAGGGGAAGCAAGGAAGUCGGUGGCGGCCAUCGACGAGGAGGUGGCGCCGGAUGCACGAGGGGAGUCACACCGGAUGAGCUGUUGGCCUGAGAAGAGGACAAAGAGGGAGAUGGAGGAGGGCAGCGGCGACUGCUCCCUUCUCAAGAACCCUGGCUCGCCCACUUUGGGCUGGCCGUACCAGCAGCCAUUGUUGGGCCGAGUGACGCGGGCCGCAGGCUCUAAUGGGCUCAAUGGAGUGGUCUAG